ACUCUGGUAAGUAAACCAUCAUGGCGGGGAAGCGAAAGAAGUGAGCAAGCUGUCUGCAGGCUUUCAAUUAUUUCGUGAUAUGUUUGAGUAAAUGAAAGUUUUGUGGUACCCCGUGUGACAAGGGUUACUCAUUGGAUUAAAAAUGAGUUUUUCCGUAAAAAAAACGGGCGGGCGGAUGUGGCACGAGGCGCGAAAGCAGGAGAAGAAGAUUCGUGGAAUGUUGGUUGACUACCGUCGACGGGCGGAACGUCGCCGGGAUUAUUAUGAAAAAAUUAAAUCAGAUCCCACUCAGUUUCUGCAAUUACAUGGAAGACCGUGCAAGAUUCACCUUGAUCCAGCUGUGGCAGCUGCUGGUGCUAGCCCUGCCAACAUGAUGCCGUGGCAAGGGAAUGAAGAAAAUCUAAUUGACCGGUUCGAUGUCAGAGCGCAUCUGGAUUGGAUUCCAGAAGCCCCUGAUACUAUCGAUGUUGACAUCGCGCUAACUAGUGAAGAUAGACAUAUCAAUUAUGAACGUUAUCGUAUAAUCGUUCAAAACGAAUUUCUUGGAGUAACAGAGGAAAAAUUUCUACAUCAAAUUCACAUAGAGGAACAGUUUGGUUCUGCCACCAAGCCUGAUGCAGCUAAAGACAAGAAAAAAUCAGUUGCUAAUGCUGCUAUCGGAUAUAACUAUGAGACAGAGGAACCCAUUUCAGAUCCAACUAAGCCAGUAGAAGCCAUUGGUGUAGAGGAUAAACCAGAAGACGAAGAUAGUGACAUUGAUUUAGAUAUUUGUGUGGAUGUAUCGCAAAUAGAACCGUCGCAAGCCCACGAAAUGAAUCAGGUAGCUCAAAAGUAUGGCCUGCUUGGCGCUGACUACUUCAGUUUCUUGACACAAGAUGUAGAAGAAGCGGAAACACUGAGGCAGGCUCGCAAACAAGAGGAAGAGAAGGCCAUGUAUUCGGGCCGACGAUCGAGAAGAGAAAGACGAGCGUUUCGGGAAAAGAAAAUGAUUGGCCGAGUCAUGAGCCCACCAAGUUAUGCAGCCAGAGAGAGCCCGGAAUACAAUCCUUAUAGAAAAUCAUCUUCAAAGUCCCGCUCAAGAUCUGCUUCACCAAUCAAUGCUGGACAAAUUACCUACAUCACGAGCUUUGGUGGAGAAGAAGAAGCACCUAGUAGUUCGUCCCAGAUCACUACAACAAAUAUAAAAAAAGUUACUUAUUCUCAUUUGAGGAGAAGGCGAUCAGAAAGUCCAGUUUUCAUGGACAGAACGAUCUCCAGAAGAAUUUCGAAAUCCAGGUCAAGAAGUACUUCCAGAUCGUUAACUAGAUCAAAAUCAUACAGGUCGCGUGACAGGAGAAGAAGUAAUUCACGUUCUAGAUUGAGAAGCACAGGUUCCAGAUCAACCCGACAUGCAAAAUCCAGAACCCGAAGUCGCUCCAGACACAGGCAUUCAGGAAGUAGAUUACAACGCUCAUGUACACGGAGUAUGUCAAGAUCAAGUUCAAAAUCGAGGUCUAGGUCGCGUUCAAGGUCUAGAUCUAGAUCACGGUCACGCCAAAGAAGGUUACGGUCCUCUUCGAGUAGUAGUUCUUCAAUUUCGAAAUCAAAGUCGCGAUCCAGAUCACGUAACAGGAGUCGGUCCAGAGAGAGUUAUCGUAGAAGACGUUAUUCUCAAUCAAGAUCAAGAAGUCGCUCCAACACAAGGCGGUCCAAAAGUGUUGACAACAAAACACCUGCUUUACCUAGAUAUUAUGGUCGGAGAGGCAAGUCUUCCAGUUUAGAGUUGGAAUUAUCUGAUAACGAAGAAAAAAGUAUUCCACCGGCGCCUAAGCCUCCGAUAAUCAGCGCAAGCGUGAACAAGCCAAAAGCAGGGUUAAGUACAUAUUCUGGUGGCGGAUACAAAUCUUCAAAAACCACACCUCAGGAGCGGCUUAAAAAGAAAAUGCAAGCGCUGCUUAACAGGCAAUACAAAGCAGAUAAGAGAGCUGAGCAGCUACGAAUUGAGAAAAUGGAGCAGCAAAGGCAGGAUCGCGAGGAUGAGAUUCGAGAGAUGUCCUUAAAGCUGCGUCGAAGACAAAGAGAGUUGAGGCAUAAAUAUGAAGGACAUACUUCUGACAGUAAUUCCUCAAAUUCGUGCAGUCCGAGUCCAAAUCGUAGCCCCAGACUCCAAGUAAUGCGGAGAGAACGAAGAGAAAGAGACAUGAGAGAUAUUGAUAUUGGAAGUGACCGGGAUAGGGACAGGGACAGAGAGAGGGAGAGGGAGAGAGAAAGGGAGAGGGAGAGAGAGAGGGAAAGGGAGAGGGAUAGAGAUAGAGAUAGAGACCGGGAAAGGGAGAGAGAGAGGGACAGGGACAGGGACAGGGAAAGGGAAAGAGACAGACGUGAUGAUAGAAACAAAGAUAGGCAUGAUUCGCGUAGAAGGCACAGGGAAUCUCCAAGGCCGUCUUCCAGUCCUAGGAGUAAUCGGGGUCUAGUUGACUAUUGAUGUUUUUAAUAGAAAGAAAAAACGUCAUUCUGCCAGGGCGAAAAUAUUUAUAAAAUUAAUUACUCAAUUUCAAUUGUUUACGGUUCUUGGAUGAACAAUGCUAGGAAUUCUU